CACUCCGGCUGGGAGGGACUUUAAUUCGCUCUUGUUUAGUUCUCAAUGGAUGCCAACAUCAGCCACGACACGCGAUCAGAUGUAAAGCGAAGGACGCGUUUUGUUCACCGGACGUAAACGCAAGCGAACGGCAGAAUACGAGUCAAAUGUCGUGAAUGUGAACGCAUUUAAUGCUUGACCGGAUGAAAGGACUGAGAUCGCUAUGAAGACGUGUGAGGACGGCGUUUAGUCAGAUGAAUCCAGAUGUGCUGAAUGGCCUGACAGAGCGACAGACAGACAGAGGGCAUCAUCUCUCUGUUUAUAAACACACAUCCCUUCAUAUAAAGGAACUGCACGGUUGGAUUGAUGCACCCUUUCCAGUGGUGCAACGGGUGCUUCUGCGGUUUGGGACUGAUCUACUCCAAUAAGACUUGCACUAUGCCAUCCGUCACCUUCCAGGACCUUCCUCUCAAUAUCUAUAUGGUGAUCUUCGGCACAGGCAUCUUCGUCUUCGUACUCAGCCUCAUAUUCUGCUGCUAUUUUAUAAGUAAACUGAGACAUCAAGCCCAAAGUGAACGCUUUGGAUACAGAGAGGUGAUUUUAAAAGGAGAUCCGAAGAAGCUGAACCUUCAUGGGCAGACGUGUGCCGUGUGCUUGGAGGACUUUAAGGUGAAAGAUGAGCUGGGAGUGUUGCCAUGCCAACAUGCCUUUCACAGGAGGUGUGUGGUGAAGUGGCUGGAGGUGCGUUGCGUCUGCCCCAUGUGUAAUAAACCCCUGGCGGGAUCCUCCGAACAGCAUCAGAGCAUAGGCACACUGCUGGAUGAGCUGGUGUAGUGCUCAGAGCUUCUGGAGAAGACUGACAUCAGACUUCAAAAACUCUCUCUGGAGUCUUUUUUACAGACAUGAACAGACCUGACUAAGUCUCUCACUGUAUUGUGAGACUGAAGCUCACAGAUAACUCAAUGGGCAUGUUUUCUUGAUAAAACAUUAAGGGAAACCAUAGACUGACUGAACUUCUAGGCUAAUGCUCUAGGCUGAAUGCUAACUGAGCUGUUCAGUUAUAAUGUUGGUUUGAAUGCUAACCCAGAAGGCUAAUUCAUAAGAGGUAAUAAGGUUCCCUCAGGAAUUCAUAAGAGGUUUUUAAUUGUUGAGUAAAAUAAGGUCUGUGGGAAACACUAAUUUAAGUUUCAUGAAUAAUUUAAAUCUGGAAACCCUUGAGUGCUUUAUAAACUCAAGUUGCUACAAACAGUAAGAACUACUACAAGGAUGUGAGUUUACACUUUAUGUAGCUAAUUUUUAAGCACACAAAGGUUUUAAACUCUCAUUUGAGGUUAGAAUGUGUGUCAUUUGUGUUGUAAAACAAAGUGUGCCAAAAUGAAAUGUAUACAGACCACGAAAAGCCAACUGAAACUCCUGUUAGAAACAUCAUCUUUUGGGUUUUAGGACUACAAACUGAAUAUCUGUAUUGUAAAUGCUCUACAUCAGACCAGCCGAGAUGGAGGAAACAGGAUUUACGUCAUUCCAGCACUGAACACUGCGACCGCGAGUGGCGACAGUACAGUGCACUGGGCCCAAAGAACUUUAUUACAGUGUGUGUGAGUGUGUGAAUGUGUUUUACAGUCAUCAGUAGUAGACGAGUGUCUUGUUCAUUCUAGAUUACGUGUGCACAAACCAUUGACUGUCUUAUGAGAUUUUAAGCAAACACUACCACAGUUUCUGGACACGGAAAUUGGCUGCCAGUGAAAACACAAGUGGCUUUCUUUUUGUAUUUCAAGUUUUGUGUUUGUUCACUGUAUUCUGGUUGCCAUUGUUAUUACCUGCAGUGUUUUAGUCAAUGUUUUCACAUCGAAAAAAAAAAAAGAACAUUUUGAAAGCAGUUUUCUGUGCAGCAUGUUUCAUUUUCUAUUACAGUAUGUGUGUGUGCAGCUGUCUUUUAUACACCCUUUUAUCCAAGUUAAAUAUUUGAAGUACUUUGUACAUUUUAGUUUAAUAGAUGUGUUAGAACAUGACCUUUUUCAUUAUAUUUAAUUACAUUUAAGUAUAAAAGUGGUCAGCGGAAGGAUAUGUAAUGCAGUGUUUCCCCUGCCAUUAUAUUGAGGGGGGGCGCCCGGUAAUUUUCUUACAUUUUAUUUUAUAUAUAGCACCAGAUCAUAACAAAAGUCAUUUGGGGUUACCUUUUGCUAUAGAACAGGUCUAUACCUUGUUCUUUUAUCAAACAAACUAAAUGGUCUUAUGUUUAUUAUCUUAUUUACACGACGGCAUGUCAUGUCUGUCUUUACAUGGACACGCAUCUACAAUUUUUCCUCUGCAAAAACGCGGAUGGGAUCGUGGAGUCCAUUCAUAAAAACAGAAUUUACUCUAGUGUGCGAAAUGUCGACGAAAUUCGUCCAUUUUUGGAUGAAUAAAUCAAAAUUGGGUCUGUCACUUAAGUCGAAUCGUGAUAUGGACUAAUGUCUGUGAAUAUUAAAACGCAAAAAGACACAAAUUUUCUUCCAUGUAUUAAUUUUAACAGUAAGCCUCUGUUUGUCUGCCAAAAAAUAAAAGGGUUUAAUUUUCAUUUGAUUAGAAAUAAAUAGAUGUUUAACUCCUUCAUUUGAUUAUCAGAAAAAUUAAAAUGCAAAAAUUUCUGGAAAAAAAAAGAAAAAAAAGAAAAAGAUUGUUGUUCAAAAUGUUAAAAUUGAGAGUUUUGGACUUUUUUCAUGGAAAUAAAUGUUUUUGUUAUUAUACAGAGAGCAAAGUACCGGAAAAACAGUACAGUUGGGUACCAGCACCCCUGCCCCAUCCAUCACCCUCGCCCACCCCCCAAAGCUGUGAACCUACAGGGGAAACACUGUAAUGUCUCAUUUUAUAU